AGGGAGCAGCAUGGCAUCUGCUGGGCACAUCAUCAUUUCUGUCCUGGGGGGUUUGCUCCUCGAGUUUGGGAUUGGAGGUCGUGCAACAGAUACCACCCAUCCCCGGUUACGUCUGUCGCACAAAGAGCUCUGGGAUUUAAAUAGGACAUCAAUCUUUCAUAGUCCUUUUGGAUUUCUCGACCUCCAUGUGAUGUUGCUGGAUGAAUAUCAAGAACGACUGUUUGUGGGAGGCAGGGAUCUGGUGUAUUCCCUCAACCUGGAUCGAGUCAGUGAAGGCUAUAGAGAGAUACACUGGCCUAGCACAGUCCUGCAAAAGGAGGAAUGCAUGAUGAAAGGAAAAGAUGAAAGUGAAUGUGCAAAUUUUGUUCGUGUGCUGCACCAUUAUAACCGAACACAUCUCUUGGCCUGUGGUACCGGGGCUUUUGACCCUCUCUGUGCCUUCAUCAGAGUUGGACAACAGUUGGAGGGUCAUCUAUUUCAGUUGGAAUCACAUAGAUUUGAGCGAGGAAGAGGCAGAUGUCCUUUUGACCCCAAUUCCUCCUUCACCUCUACUCUAAUUGGAAGUGAGCUGUUUUCUGGACUCUACAGUGACUAUUGGGGAAGAGACGCUGCCAUCUUUCGUAGCCUGGGCCGUAUGGCACACAUUCGGACUGAACAUGAUGAUGAGCGCCUGCUAAAAGAGCCUAAGUUUGUAGGUUCUUAUAUGAUUCCUGACAAUGAAGACCGGGAUGACAACAAAGUAUAUUUCUUCUUUACUGAAAAGGCACUGGAGUCAGAAAACAAUGCACACACAAUUUACACAAGAGUGGGAAGAGUAUGUGCGAAUGAUGUGGGAGGGCAGAGAAUUUUAGUAAAUAAAUGGAGCACUUUCCUUAAGGCAAGGUUGGUUUGCUCAGUGCCUGGAAUGAAUGGAAUUGAUACCCACUUUGAUGAAUUAGAGGAUAUUUUUUUGCUACAUACAAGAGACAAUAAAAAUCCAGUGAUAUUUGGACUCUUUAAUACAACAAGUAAUAUAUUCAGGGGGUAUGCUAUAUGUGUCUAUCAUAUGGCAAGUAUCCGUGCUGCUUUUAAUGGACCAUAUGCACAUAAGGAAGGACCUGAAUACCACUGGUCACUGUAUGAAGGAAAAGUCCCCUACCCAAGACCUGGUUCUUGUGCCAGCAAGGUGAAUGGGGGAAAAUAUGGCACCACCAAGGAUUAUCCUGAUGAUGCAAUCCGGUUUGCAAGAAGUCACCCACUAAUGCAUCAGCCUGUGAAACCUGUGCAUAAGAGGCCAAUCCUAGUAAAAACAGAUGGAAAAUAUAACCUGAAACAGAUAGCAGUUGAUCGAGUUGAAGCUGAAGAUGGACAAUAUGAUGUCUUAUUUAUUGGCACAGAUAGUGGUAUUGUGCUAAAAGUAAUCACAAUUUACAACCAGGAAACAGAAUCAAUGGAAGAAGUAAUUCUAGAAGAACUACAAGUAUUCAAAGUUCCAGUUCCUAUUCUUUCCAUGGAAAUUUCUUCAAAAAGACAACAGUUGUACAUUGGAUCUGAAUCUGCAGUGGCCCAAAUCCGAUUCCAUCAGUGCGACAUGUAUGGUACAGCUUGUGCUGAUUGCUGCCUCGCAAGAGACCCAUACUGUGCAUGGGAUGGUAUAUCCUGUUCCCGCUAUUACCCAACAGGAACACAUGCAAAAAGACGUUUCCGAAGACAAGAUGUUCGGCAUGGAAAUGCAGCUCAGCAGUGUUUUGGACAGCAGUUUGUUGGAGAAGUGUUAGAUAAGACUGAGGAACGUUUAGCGUAUGGUAUAGAAAAUAACAGUACUUUGCUGGAAUGCACUCCACGAUCAUUGCAAGCAAAAGUCAUCUGGUUUGUACAGAAAGCACGUGAAACAAGAAAGGAAGAGGUGAAGACAGAUGACAGAGUUGUCAAAAUGGACCUUGGUUUGCUCUUCCUGAAACUACACAAAAUGGAUGCAGGAACCUAUUUUUGUCAGACAGUGGAGCACAGUUUUGUCCAUACAGUCCGCAAAAUCACCUUGGAAGUGGUAGAAGAGGAGCGGGUAGAAGAGAUGUUUAACAAAGACUAUGAGGAAGAGGUUGCCCAUAAAAUGCCUUGUCCUGUCCAUAGCAGCAUUCCGCAAGGGUCAAAGCCAUGGUACAAAGAGUUCUUGCAAUUGAUUGGCUAUAGCAACUUCCAGCGAGUGGAAGAGUACUGCGAAAAAGUGUGGUGCACAGAUAAGAAGAGGAAAAAGCUUAAAAUGUCUCCCUCCAAAUGGAAGUAUUCCACCCCACAGGAAAAGAAGCUUCGAGCCAAAUCUGAGCACUAUCGCCUACCCAGGCAUGCACUGGACUUCUGA